CAGGCGUGUUGCCAGAUUGAUAUCUGGAAACUGCAAUCGGAUAGACUGAAAAGUCAGAAUGAAAAUCAUCGUGAUAAUUUUAAGCGUGCUAAUCGCGAUGAAUGUCGUCUACUGCAACUUGGAAGACUUACAAAAAUACAAACGAGGUUAUGAGGCAUGCGCCCGAAGAAUCGGUGUACCACCUAAUGAGGUACGAAUUGACACGGCGUUAUGCGCGGCAAUUGCAAAUGGUGAGAUUGCUCCACUCUUUGAAAGAAGCGAAUUGAAAUAUUCACGAAACACCGGAAACAAUUCCACGAAGGACACAGCACUAAACCAGAAGCCAAACCGAAUUAAUCUAUACUGUAAAAAAGUGGUUAACUUCAAGAAACAUCUUAAAAUCAAACAUUCUAUUCUCAAAUGGUGUAUACAGUCCAGAAGGAGCUAUGAAAACAGUUCGAAAGUUGAUUCUCGAUCCGGUUAAAAUGCAACGAACGAAUGAAAUAUAUAUCAAAUGCGAUAAAGAAGUGAUUGAAGCAGAAGCCGUCGGCAUUGGAAAGUCAAUACGAUUUCUAUUGUGCGGUUUGGAGCUUAUAUCAAUUAUCAUUAAUCAAUAAUGCAUAUUUUCAAUAAUACGCUUAAAAGUAAAAAAUAAAUAAUGAAAAUGGGA